GAAAUUCUGAAAAAAAAAGGGGAAAAAGGUGUAUAAUAAAUUAAUAACCUAUAACCGGAAGGAAUCCUUCAUCCCGAAUUCCCAUCCAUAUAAGCGAGAAUUCGAGUUCUAGGGUUCCAUAAAGAAGAAGAAGAAGGGGAAGGCUUAAUGGCGUCGCUCGGGUCAUUGAAGUCCGCAGUCUUUCAUAGAGAGGAGAGGAAGAUGCAAUACCAAUCUCACAUUAGAGGGCUCAACGCCUACGACCGGCACAAAAAAUUCAUGAACGACUAUGUUCAAUUUUACGGGAAUACAAAGAAUGUGCAUAAUGAUAUGCCCAUCAAAACUGAUCAAGACACAAUUAGAGAAGGCUACAGGUUCAUUAUUUCUGAAGACGAUGACAUGGAUUCCACUUGGGAGAAGAGGCUGGUAAAGCGUUACUAUGACAAGCUCUUUAAGGAAUAUUGCAUUGCUGACAUGUCACAGUACAAAAUGGGCAAGAUUGGCCUAAGAUGGAGAACAGAAAAAGAAGUCAUAUCUGGAAAAGGACAGUUCAUCUGUGGUAACAGGGCAUGCAACGAAAAGGAAUCCUUGGGAAGUUAUGAGGUGAAUUUUUCUUACACGGAAGCAGGAGAAAGUAAACAGGCUCUCGUGAAAUUGGUAGCUUGCAAGAGAUGUUCAGAAAAGCUCGUGUAUAAGAGGAAGAAAGAGAAGGAGCACUCCCCAGUUAGAGAGAAAGAGAAGUACAAAAGAAAGAGAGAAAGAAGCAGGGAUGGUGAUAGCACAGAUGAUGAAUAUGACAAGAGUACCAACAGAAGCAGAAAAGGUCAGAAGACUUCAUCUUCAGCAAAUGAUGGGAGGACUGAUGAAGAUAAUUUUGAAGAGUUUCUUGAGGGGAUGUUCCCUUGAUUGGGUCAAUCUACUGUCCCGGUAGAAGAGUGGCUUGUACUAUAUCCUUAACAUUUAAAAGUCUGAUUUUAACUAAUCAAUGAGUCUUGUAUUAUAUACUCCAGUAUGUGUCCAACAAUACCCCAAGCAUAGAAUCUUUUCUAAUUUGUUGUAAAAUUUGGGUGCAGCAAUGUUACUUACAGUUUCAGCA